CUUCCAUGGGCGGGCGACUCGGGCCAGCAAGAACAGCGAAGCACUCAUCCCAAACGGGGGGAUCACCUUCCAGGUGAAGUCCGGGGAAAGCUUCAUCGACAUGGCGCUCCCCAAGAAGGCGCAGUCGCUGUGGCGUCGUUUCUGGUUCUACGCCAAGGAGUACACUCCCCCGGGCGAGGUAUGCAUUCCCCAAUACAGUCCCGAGCCGAGCGUCCCGCGGCGCCUCAAUGUCCGGUCGCUGCCGCGCGAGCAGGAGAAGGUGGUGAAGGAUAUGCGCCAAGCGAUCCAGGCGCUAAAAGAUGACGGCCUGACGGCGGUCGACAUGUACAACUGUUGGCUUGGCCGGCGGCUGAUCCCCCUGCGGUGCCGAGCUCACCCCAUGUGGGAGUACCGGGGACAGAAUGACCGCACCCGGUCGACGGCGACCGAGUGGGACGAGGGCGAGUACCGGAAGGCGCUUGCCAAGAUCACUACUGCCACCUUCACUUCCUUCGAAGACGGCUUGCAGCCCUACACCGAAGACACCCCAGCGCCUCAGCGUUGGCAGAAGAUCGCGGACCACCUCCCUCCUCUCGCCGGGAAGGAACCACCGGAGAUGACCGAGGGCGAGGAGGAAGAGGUCGACGAGGAGGAGGAGCGCACCGAGUCGGAGUCGGAGGCGCGGGACUUCAUCAGACUCCCGCGCGGGUCGAAGAGGGGUGCCGAGUCCUCGUCCCAGGGCGCGGCUGAAGAGGAGGCGACCUCUCGCCCGGAGGACAAGGCGGAGCCCUCCAAGGAAGGGGCUGAGCCGCUAUCGAAGCGACUGCGCCCCACUCUCCUGGAAGGGUCCAUGAGGCUUCAGCGUCCUUUGAAGGACGCGAUCGAUGCGGGAGCUCGGGCUGGUCCGGGCGUAAGAGCGAUUCCCACGGUGAAGUAAGUACUUCUUGUCGGAUUUGUCCUUCUUGCGACUGGACUGGGUGUCGACUCACCUCACCUCCUUGUAGGUCCAAGAAGAAGACCUUGGCGAAGCCGCCCGCGGCCGGGGUGGCGGCCACGAGGGCGGCCGAGGCAAAGAAGAAAGCCGCGGAGAGGAAGGCGGCGCCGUCCGACCUUGGGGGCGCGGGGUCGGCUCCGGAAGAGCCUGCCGCCGGGAGCCAAGCGGAGAAGGAGAGCACUAGCCGCGUCGAGCCCACCGCCAACGUCUUUCCUCUACCCAGCAUGGCUCGCGGGGGCAUGGCGAGUGCAGCGACGGGUCCAGACGUUACUCCGCCCGUGGUGGAGGAGGAGUCGACUGACGUUGGAUCG